GUGCCGCUGGGCUCUUCAACGAGGAGGAUGUAGUGAAACGGGCGAAGGAUGCAACGCUCCGGGACUAUGAACAGCAACAAGCAGCAAGUGAGCUGCUACUUUCCCGCCUCGCCGAUCACCAGCUGUCUUUGGUCCCCGUAGGCGACGAUGGGAACUGCAUGUUCCGCGCAAUCGCGCACGCUGUGCUAGGGAGCGAAGAGAGGCACGGCGAAUCACGAGCAGCGGCCGUAGCGCAGCUACGACAAAGCCCGGAGACCUACCGGCGCUUCCUGUCCGGCCCGGACGUCGAUUGGAACUCCUACACCGCGAAAAUGGAACAAGACAAAACCUGGGGUGACCAAGUCUGCCUGGCCGCGGCAGCUACGCACUACGACUGCGUCUUCACCCUCAUCACGAAUUACGACGACCCGGCGCCGAUAGCAGUGCCCUCCCCGGUGCGAGGACUGGGAGCACAGCGCAAGGUCACCCUUGCCUACUGGGCGGGCGUCCAUUAUGGGUGCACAGCGAAGCUGCCGUCUCCGGGGCAGCAUGUAGGAGCUCCUGCAGGAGGCAGGGGAGACUCGGGGGGCAGCCAGCCCCGUCCGGGUGGCCUCGCGAGC